CGGGCCGCGUGGCCAGACGCCGCGGGGCAAAGAGGGGGCGGCCAGGUCCGAGGCUGGCGGACCCGCGCGGCGGGGACUGGCAGCCCCGGGGCCUCCCGGCCUGGCCUACAGGAGGGAUGGAGCGCUGUGGAGCCCCCUUUCGCUCAGUCGAGCCUGAGAAAGCCCUCGCCGCCGUUCCCGUCAGCAGCCGAGGUCACAAAGUAAAAUGAAAUACAUUCUAGUUACUGGCGGGGUGAUAUCAGGGAUUGGGAAAGGAGUCAUUGCCAGCAGCGUGGGCACAAUACUAAAGUCAUGUGGUUUACAUGUGACGUCCAUCAAGAUUGACCCCUACAUAAACAUCGAUGCAGGAACCUUUUCUCCUUAUGAGCAUGGUGAAGUUUUUGUGCUGGAUGAUGGUGGGGAAGUAGACCUGGACCUGGGUAACUAUGAACGGUUCCUCGACAUCCGCCUCACCAAGGACAACAACCUGACCACUGGCAAGAUCUACCAGUAUGUCAUCAACAAGGAGCGCAAAGGGGACUACUUGGGGAAGACUGUCCAAGUUGUGCCUCACAUCACAGAUGCGAUCCAGGAGUGGGUAAUGAGGCAAGCACUAAUACCUGUGGAUGAAGAUGGCCUUGAACCUCAAGUUUGUGUCAUUGAGCUUGGCGGAACAGUGGGGGAUAUAGAAAGCAUGCCGUUUAUCGAGGCCUUCCGCCAGUUCCAGUUCAAGGUCAAGAGGGAGAACUUUUGUAACAUCCACGUCAGUCUAGUUCCUCAGCCCAGUUCAACAGGCGAACAGAAGACUAAACCAACCCAAAACAGUGUUCGGGAACUGAGAGGACUUGGUCUUUCGCCUGACCUGGUUGUGUGCAGGUGCUCAAAUCCUCUGGACACGUCAGUGAAGGAGAAAAUAUCCAUGUUCUGCCACGUGGCACCUGAACAAGUGAUUUGUGUUCAUGACGUCUCCUCCAUUUACCGAGUCCCCUUGCUGCUAGAGGAGCAGGGGGUUGUUGAUUAUUUUCUUCGAAGACUUGACCUUCCUAUUGAGAGGCAGUCGCGCAAGAUGCUGAUGAAGUGGAAGGAGAUGGCUGACAGAUAUGACCGCUUAUUGGAGACUUGCUCCAUUGCACUUGUGGGCAAGUACACCAAGUUCUCUGACUCCUAUGCCUCUGUCAUCAAGGCACUGGAGCAUUCGGCACUGGCCAUCAACCACAAGCUGGAGAUCAAGUACAUAGACUCCACGGACCUGGAGCCCAGCACCUUGCAGGAGGAGCCGGUGCGUUACCAUGAGGCGUGGCAGAAGCUCUGCAGUGCCCAUGGUGUGCUGGUUCCAGGAGGAUUUGGUGUUCGGGGAACAGAAGGAAAGAUCCAGGCCAUCUCCUGGGCUCGGAAACAGAGGAAGCCUUUUUUGGGUGUGUGCCUAGGAAUGCAGUUGGCAGUGGUUGAAUUCUCAAGGAACGUGCUGGGAUGGCAAGAUGCCAAUUCCACGGAGUUCGAUCCUAAGACCAGUCAUCCUGUGGUUAUAGACAUGCCUGAACACAACCCUGGGCAGAUGGGCGGCACCAUGAGGCUGGGCAAGAGGAGAACCCUGUUCCAGACCAAAAACUCAGUCAUGAGGAAGCUCUAUGGAGAUGCAGACUACCUGGAGGAGAGGCACCGCCACAGAUUUGAGGUAAACCCAGUGCUCAAGAAGUGUCUGGAAGAGCAAGGCUUGAAGUUCGUUGGCCAAGAUGUUGAAGGAGAGAGAAUGGAGAUUGUGGAGUUGGAAGAUCAUCCUUUCUUUGUUGGCGUUCAGUACCACCCUGAGUUCCUGUCCCGGCCCAUCAAGCCUUCUCCGCCAUACUUUGGCCUGCUCCUGGCCUCCGUGGGCCGGCUCCCGCAUUACCUCCAGAAGGGCUGCAGGCUCUCACCCAGAGACACCUACAGUGACCGAAGUGGAAGCAGCUCCCCCGACUCCGAAAUCACUGAGUUGAAGUUCCCAUCAAUAAAUCAUGACUGAGUUGGGAACGGAUGAUGGAAAGCCUCUGGACUUUGGUAGAGUUUACAGCUUUGACUUUACACUUGGCUUUUGACACUUCCUUUAAAUUAUGUUUUUAUUAAGAUUAUUUUGUUAUGGGGGAAAGGUAUGUGGAAACCUUUGUCACUUGCAUGUCCAUCACGUGUGCUCAGCGCACAGCCUCUUGGAAAGCACGCCUCCUCUGUGGUCCUCGGGGGUCUCUGAUGAGCUGCAGACAUCUGACAAGCAGUACUGAGGAUGGCGGUGCGGGCAGAGGCCCGCCGAAUGCCAUGUGUCUCCAUUACCUCACGUCUCCGUGGAUCUGAGGCCACUGGGAGGUGUUGCGUGGAUGGCUCCAGCGCCCCAGGCCCUGCCUGUGGGGACCUGGGGCGCUUGGUGCUGGAAACCUAAGGGUACUGUUUGCCAGCAGGAGCUGGGACAUUUCAGACCUGCCCGGGGCUGGGGAGACCUAGGGACAACCGUGGCUGGUCCUCAUUCAGUGGUCAGGUUGGUUUGGUGUUCCAUGAAGCCGAGUUUGUCCCUCUUAAGUCUGCUUCCUGAGCUGGGGGACACUCCUUGCAUCAAGGGGUCACUUACCACGGCCCUUGGCAAUGGCUGGGACACAAAGGCGUGGCUUCCUGCUGGGAUGGAGAUGCACCAUGAAAGCUAUUUUAUUAACAUGGUGGCCCCGAGAGUCUGGCCACGUUGCCCGGCUGCUACUGAAUUUGGUAUAUGCUCUAACUUAAAUAAAUCAUGCAAGCAGG